AUGGACGACGUUCCUAUUCACAAGAUCCAAAUUUCUGGUCCUGCACUGGCCUCCCUACUCCUCCGUUUCUCCUCUUCCCCCGGGGCUAUUCACGGCCUUCUUUUCGGCCACGUCACUGUCUCCGCCACCUCCUCUCUCUCCGACGAUCCCACCUCCAAUCUAGACCCUUCUUCCGCUGAUGUCGACGCUGGCACUGCCAUUCCGCUUCUUACAGCCACCGUCACCUCCUUCCUCUCCCUCCCUUCGCACCUCCCUCGCUCACUCCAACCCCUCCCGAAUCCUAACCCACCUUCCUCCUCCCUCCUCGGCUGGUUCUCCGCCCGCCGCAGAACCCCUCUCCGCCCCUCCCUUAACGACUCCACCACCACGCACGCUCUCUCCUCCUCUACUUCCCUCUCCCUCUUCCCUUUUUUAGUUUCUUUGCAGACUUCUCUCUCUUCCCUCUGCAAUUCGUUUGUUGAAUAA